AUGGGCAUGCAUGGAAUACUUGUGCAACAACAACGGCUACUUGAGGCCAUAAUUUUAGCAGCAUUAGCUGCAUCAGCAUCAGCAGCAGAACCCACCAAUUCAAGCUGCAUCAGAACAUGUGGAUCGCUUCAAAUCCCCUACCCAUUUGGAACAACCGAAGGCUGUUACCUCGAUCCAGCUUUUCUCAUCACUUGUCAUGACUCAACACCAUUUCUGCGCCGCGGCCAUAUAAAAGUCCUAAACAUAUCAUUGGAUGGUGAACUGCGAGUCACAACCCCCAUUGGCCAUGAUUGCCCCAACAACGAAACCACCUCCAGCUAUAAUUACGAGCUCAGUCUGCUAACGUUUUCUGUCUCAUAUACGAGGAACAAGUUCACUGCACUCGGUUGCGACACUUAUGCAAUUAUUAGAGGUACAUUGGAAAAGCAGAAUUUUGCGACUGGAUGCAUAUCAGUCUGUUCCAAAAUUGACAGUGUGGUUAACGGGUCUUGCUCUGGGAUUGGCUGUUGCCAAACUUCUAUUCCACAUGGAAUGAAGAAUUUUCGUGUGGUCCUCAGGAGCUUCAACCACCACUCCAAAGUAGGCGACUUCAAUCCAUGUAGUUUCGGUUUUAUAGCAGAAGAAAAAGCAUACAACUUUUCUUCCUUGGAUCUUAUAAAUUUCCAGAACAGAAAGACUCUUCCGCUUGUGCUUGAUUGGGCAGUUGGGAAGGAGACAUGCCCAGAUGCUCAGAAAAAUUCGACAACCUAUGCAUGUAAUGCAGAGCAUAGUGAAUGUGAGAAUUCCCCCAACGGUCCUGGGUAUCGUUGCAUAUGUCGGUCAGGUUAUGAAGGGAACCCAUAUCUCUCUAAUGAUUGCAAAGAUAUUAAUGAGUGCGAAAUUUCAAAUCCCUGCAAUACGACUUGCACCAACAUUCCGGGGAGUUUCAAGUGUGAUUGUCCCAAGGGCUACGAAGGUGAUGGGAUGAAAAAUGGAACAGGGUGCCGUCUUAUAGUCACCCGCUAUAGGAGUAUCCCUCUUUUACUCGGUAUUGGCAUAGGCUUCUUAGUAUUGCUCGUUGGAGCUUCUUGGAUAUAUUGGGGAUUGAAAAGAAGAAAGCUCAUCAAGCUUAAGGAGAAAUUUUUCAAACAAAACGGGGGCUUAAUGUUACAACAACAACUCUCAAAUUUCGAAGGGUCUGUAGAGCCAGCAAAAAUCUUUAGUACAAAAGAGCUUAAAAAGGCCACUAACAAUUACGACGAGAGUAAAAUUCUUGGCCAAGGAGGCAAUGGAAUUGUUUUCAAAGGAGUAUUACCAGGUAACAAAGCGGUUGCCAUUAAGAAGUCCAAAGUUUUUGAUCGUAGCCAAACUAAACAAUUCAUAAACGAGGUGUGUUUACUUACCCAAAUCAACCAUAGAAAUGUGGUUAAGCUAUUGGGUUGUUGUCUUGAAACAAGAGUGCCCAUACUAGUUUAUGAAUUCAUCACAAAUGGGACUCUCUUUGAGCACAUUCAUUAUAAAAGUCACUUAUUCUCACUUUCAUGGGAAAACCGUAUGAAGAUAGCAGUGGAAAGUGCAGGAGCACUCGCAUACUUACACUCUGAAGCUUCUAUGCCAAUUAUUCAUAGAGAUGUAAAAACUGCAAAUAUACUUUUAGAUGAUAACCUCACUGCAAAAGUGGCAGACUUUGGAGCUUCAAGGCUGAUUUCUCUUGAUGAAACACAAGUAAACACUUUGGUGCAGGGAACUUUCGGGUACUUAGACCCGGAGUAUUUUCAUAGUGGCCAACUAACAGAAAAAAGUGAUGUCUACAGUUUUGGAGUUGUUGUGGCGGAGUUAUUGACAGGUAGGAGGGCAAUCUUGUCUGAUAAGACAGAAGGUGAAAGAAAUCUUGCUAUGUACUUUGUUUCUUCGGUGAUUGAGGAUCGUCUACUUCAAAUUCUUGACAAUCACAUUGUAAAUGAGGGUAAUAUUGAGGAAUUAAAGGAAGUGGCUAAUCUUGCAAAAAAGUGCUUGAGUGUAAGAGGAGAGGAUAGGCCCUCUAUGAAAGAGGUGGCAAUGGAGCUCGAGGGUUUGAGAAAUAUGAAAAAAAAUCCACAGGAAAAGGUCGAUCUCAAGACAGAAGAGACUAAGUACGUGGUCACUAACUCUACACAAUCUUUUAGCAUUGAUGCUGGCACUAGCAAUUCUUCUACGGUCACAACUACUGUCGCGUACGAUGGCACAAUUAAGGGCAGAUAG